AUGCCUCCUCGAAUCCCGACCCCAGAUGACUUCGCUCCCAUCCAGCCCGUUCUCCCCCUGUCCCUAUCCUUCCCAAACCCGCCCGAGUCCACCACCGCAAUCCUAGUCCUCUUUCACGGCCUAGGCGAUUCCGAGGCCCCCUUCGCCUCCUUCGCCAAAGCAAUGUCCCUGCCCGGCGUCCUCUCCAUCUCCGUCCGCGGUCCCUCCCCCCUACCCCCGUCCAUGCUCCCCGAUGACACUCCCUCGUCAGCAUCGGCAUCCGCCAGUGCCGGAGCAGGCCACUUCCACUGGGGCGACGACAUCACCUUUGACCCCUCCACAGACUCAAUCUCUCCCGACCCGGGCUUCUCCAAGUCGUACGGCCUCGUCGUCGAUCGCCUCAUUCGCGAGACCCUCAUUGCCCGGUGCGGCUGGGAACUCAGCGACAUAAUCCUCUUCGGCUUUGGCCAGGGCGGUUCUCUAGCUCUGGGCAUCGCCUCGCAGCUCCGCCUCGGGCCCAGAGUCGUCGACGUGACCAACGCGCCCGCGGAUAGACCAAAGGGGAAUGGCGACGCUCACUUUGACGGAAACACCCUCAAGGGCGUCCUCUCCAUCGGCGGGCCCUUGCCGCAGUCCAUGGUGCCCACCGUUAGCACGCGCGGCAAGUGCAAGACGAAAGCCUGCCUCGUCCAGCUUGACGAUGACGCAUUCGACGCCGUCAAAGAAGAGUUUCUCGAUGCCAGGCUCGUCAAAUGGAAGAGGAAGGACGUGGCUAUGCCCCGCGACCGGGAAGAAAUGUUUCCCCUGAUGAAAUUCUUUGCAGAGUGCCUCAAGAGUGGAUGGUGA